CCCUUUCCCCGCCCUUCCCCCUGCAAGGGGCGUCGGGGGUGCCGCUCCGGAGGACAGGAGCGGGCCCCGGCCCCGCGCCCUCUCCCCCGCUCCCCGGGAGCCGGCUGGCCGCCGCCGCUAGAGCCCGGCCGCCCGUCGUCCGCCCGCCGCCGCUCAGGGCCCGGCUGCAGGGGCCUCCCCCUGCGGACCGCGGGGUGUCCCUCGUCGUCCUUCGCCCAUUGGCGCAGGCAGGGCUUUUGCCCCCGCUGCCGGGCCUGAGAACGGGGUCUCUGCCCUCCCCUCCCCGCCGCGACCCCCGUUCCCAUCGCCCGAACGACUGAGUCUCCCUGCCCCUCCUCGACAGCCCCGUGACGCAGCCAGUUUUAUCUCUGUUGUGAGACUAACGGCUAAAACUCGCUGUGGGCCUUCUUUCUAGGACUAGAGUUGGUCUUGAUUGCUGAGAGGCAGGCAGGGGCGCCGGGCUUGACAGCGGCCGCACCGGAAGCCAGCCGAGCAUCCGUCCGUCUUCGCGGGACCCCUGCGUUGCCGCUCGCUGCUGCUCGUCCUCUCGGUUUGGUUCGGUUCGGUCUGGGCACCUGGGGCUCUGGUAAAACCAAACACUGAAUCGCUCUUACACAGCCGGACUCACAGUCGUUGGCCUCCCGUCUGUCCUCAGAGGAUGAUGGGCAGCACCAGCCCUUCAGCAGCGGGGACUCGGGGAAGAGUGCCCUGCAGAACGGCUCCAUCAGCCAUUGUGCUCCUCUGAGAGGCCCUCCGUGCUGAGUCACCAUAGCCGUCCACCUCACUAGGUGGGCAGAGCUUGCGUGCGCGGUGCCAGUGGCUCCUGGCUGCUCCUGACUACUGGGAGGGGGGGUUACUCUACGCCUUAGUGCUGGGGAAGAGAGUAGAAAGGCCCUGACCCCAUCCCUGUGCCCGCCUCCAGCAGCCAGUCAGCAGCCCCUUCAGGAAAUGGGGUGUGAGACGUGCCCCCACCAGGCGCCCUUUGCAAAAGGCCUGUGGAGUUAGGGUCCUCUAGUUGGGGGCCAUGCUUUUCGGUUGCUGCUGUCUCUUCGCUUAGAUCCAGUCUACAGGUGUAUGUGGUCCUUCUUUGGGGGUUAGGUUUGACAGGAAUGAGUUUUAUCUCAUCCCCCUUUUACUGGAGGACGCACCAUUAGUGGGUGAGAUUUAUUCUAAUAUUUAUAACCAUUUGGACGGAGGGUUAGAUCCAGCACCUGCAGACCAGGCAGACGCAUCCUGGGGAUACUGGGCCUGGAAGCAUACACACCUUGUUCUCCUGUUGACCUCAUAGACCCCAGGUUCCCUUGUUAAAACUGCAAGCCUGCUCCUGGCCUGGCGCCCAUUUACCGACUGAUUGAUCCUUGAGGCUGUGCCCCCUGGGGCACGCACAUGGCAGGGCCCACCGCCAUGCGGCUGAGCUCAGCGUUGGCUCUGCUGCGACCAGCACUGCCCCUCAUCCUAGGGCUGUCCCUGGGGUGCAGCCUGAGCCUCUUGCGGGUCUCCUGGAUCCAGGGAGAGGGAGAAGACCCCUGUGUAGAGGCUGUGGGGGAACCGGGAGGGCCACAGAAUCUAGACUCAAGAACUCAGCUCGACCAAAGCGAUGAAGACUUCAAGCCCCGGAUUGUCCCCUACUACAGGGGUCCCAACAGGCCCUACAAGAAGGUGCUCAGGACUCGGUACAUCCAGACAGAGCUGGGCUCUCGAGAGCGGUUGCUAGUGGCUGUCCUGACCUCCCGGGCCACACUGCCCACUCUGGCCGUGGCUGUGAACCGCACGGUGGCCCACCACUUCCCUCGGUUAAUCUACUUCACUGGGCAGCGAGGGGCCCGGACUCCGGCGGGGAUGCAGGUGGUAUCUCACGGGGAUGAACGGCCAGCCUGGCUCAUGUCCGAGACCCUGCGCCAUCUUCACACACACUUUGGGGCCGACUACGACUGGUUCUUCAUCAUGCAGGAUGACACGUACGUGCAGGCGCCCCGCCUGGCGGCCCUGGCUGGCCACCUCAGUAUCAACCAAGACUUGUACUUGGGCCGGACCGAGGAGUUCAUUGGCGCAGGCGAGCAGGCCCGGUACUGCCACGGGGGCUUCGGCUACUUGUUGUCCCGGAGCCUCCUGCUCCGAUUGCGGCCGCAUCUGGAUGGCUGCCGGGGAGACAUUCUCAGCGCCCGUCCUGACGAGUGGCUUGGCCGCUGCCUCAUUGACUCUUUGGGCAUCGGCUGUGUCUCACAGCACCAGGCCCAGAUCCGGAACCUGACCGUGCUGACCCCUGAGGGGGAGGCAGGGCUGAGCUGGCCCAUUGGGCUCCCGGCCCCUUUUACGCCACACUCUCGUUUUGAGGUGCUGGGCUGGGACUACUUCACAGAGCAGCACACCUUCUCCUGUGUGGAUGGUGCCCCCAAGUGCCCCCUGCAAGGGGCUAGCAGGGUGGACGUGGGCGACGCCGUGGAGACCGCCCUGGAGCAGCUGAAUCGGCGCUAUCAGCCCCGCCUGCGCUUCCAGAAGCAGCGGCUGCUCAACGGCUACCGGCGCUUCGAUCCCGCGCGGGGCAUGGAGUACACCCUGGACCUGCUGCUGGAGGCCGUGACGCAGCGCGGGCACCGGCGGGCCCUGGCGCGCAGGGUCAGCCUGCUGCGGCCCCUGAGCCGCGUGGAGAUCCUGCCCAUGCCCUACGUCACCGAGGCCACGCGCGUGCAGCUCGUGCUGCCCCUGCGGGUGGCCGAAGCCGCCGCGGCCCCUGCUUUCCUGGAGGCCUUUGCGGCCGGCGUCCUGGAGCCUCGGGAGCACGCCUUGCUCACCCUGCUGCUGGUCUAUGGGCCGCGGGAAGGGGGCCGAGGGGCCCCGGACCCAUUUCUUGGGGUGAAGGCUGCCGCAGCUGAGCUGGAGCGUCGGUACCCUGGGACCAGGCUGGCCUGGCUUGCCGUGCGCGCUGAGGCCCCUUCCCAGGUGCGGCUCAUGGACGUGGUCUCCAAGAAGCACCCCGUGGACACGCUCUUCUUCCUCACCACCGUGUGGACCAGGCCUGGGCCCGAGGUCCUCAACCGCUGCCGCAUGAAUGCCAUCUCCGGCUGGCAGGCCUUCUUCCCGGUCCACUUCCAGGAGUUCAACCCUGCCCUGGCACCACAGAGAUCUCCCCCAGGGCCCCCGGGGGCAGGCCCCGACCCCCCGUCCCCUCCUGGUGCUGACCCUGCCCGGGGGGCUCCCGUAGGGGGCAGGUUUGACCGACAGGCUUCGGCAGAGGGCUGCUUCUACAACGCUGACUACCUGGCGGCCCGAGCCCGCCUGGCGGGUGAACUGGCAGGCCAGGAAGAGGAGGAAGCCCUGGAGGGGCUGGAGGUGAUGGAUGUUUUCCUCCGGUUCUCAGGGCUCCACCUUUUCCGGGCCGUGGAGCCAGGACUGGUACAGAAGUUCUCCCUGCGCGACUGCAGCCCUCGGCUCAGUGAGGAACUCUACCACCGCUGCCGCCUCAGCAACCUGGAGGGGCUGGGGGGCCGCGCACAGCUCGCCAUGGCUCUGUUCGAGCAGGAGCAGGCCAACAGCACCUAGCACACCCCGGGGCCCUGCACCUCCACCUAGAGCCCUCUCCAGCCUCAGCCCCGGGGCAGGCCAGGCAAGAUGGAUGGACAGAUGGAGAGCUUGUUACUGUAUGUUUUUAAUAAGAAAAUGUUAUUAAAAGUGUCUUCUGCCAAACUGUUCUUAGGUCUAGGAAAAAUGGAGUAAGAAGACUCUGAGGGAGGGGGUGGGGAGUUUCCCAGAGGGACCCACUGCCCCCCCCCUUCCGCCUCCCUCCCCCGUUGCCAAUGACCACACGGCUGCUAUCAGGUGAAUGACCU